AUGGCCAAGAUGUGUCCUUGGUCUGACAUUCCCUGAAGUGCCCGUUCUCCUCACCAAAAUCUGCUCAUUUCUGAUGGAAAAGGGUUGAUCUGGAGGGUGAAGCCUCGGGAAUCAACGUGAAGCAGUUUUCUGUUGUUGUUUUCAUGGAUAUAGGAGAGAAAGUGCAGCAAAAAAGGGCUUUUGAAGAAAAACUACUCUAGUGAGGGAGCUGAUCCGGCACGGAGAGCUUCGUAGUAAAGGGAAGCCGCUCCCUUUUCCCCCAGAGAACCAGAAACUACUUGGAAGAGCCAGAACUGUGUUACUGAACACACUGGAGCUCCCUCUGGAAAUGGUGCUGCGCUCCAGUUAAUCUCAUCUGGAGAUCCGAGGGCAGAGCUGCACGUGGGGAGCUGCAGCUCGUGGGUUCAGGGUCUCCUGUUCGCACUGAGAGCCCCAACUCUGCUUUGCCGUGUCCUUCCCCUGCCUGGGCUGUUCCCCGAGUGCCUCCCUCCAGUUUGUGUGGGGGUGAUGAGCUCAUUUGCCAAGGACAGAUUGCCACUGACAGCCUCUCAGCAGGCAGGACGUUUCCCCAGUGUUUCUCAGGCCGAUUUUUAUGCUCCACAGCACCAAUAAUUCUCUGUGUACCUGAAAAUUAAGGAUAUUUUGCCCAACAGAGGAGAAAAACACAAGGGUUCGUGUUUAUCCCCCAAAUCUGCUGUGUGUCAUUGAGAGCGUGUUUAUAAAUAGACAUUUGGAGGAGUGUGGGGCUCCCAGUGAGCCAGAGCUGGAGCAGUGCCUCCACAUGAUGUCAGCAGCGUGCUUUUGAGGCUGGCCUGCCAGGGGGGAUGUAAAAAUCCUGCUCUCGGCAGCCGGAUUUCAUGGAUAGUGUCACAGGACCUUGGCAUUGGCUCCUGAACCGUGAGCUCAGGAGUGCCACAUGCUGCUCCCUGCUCUCAUCCUCCAGUUUAAGGGAGCUGGAAUAUUUUAUGUAUUCUUCAGUCCUAUUGGAGAUUGUCAGGUGGCUGCUGUUUGCUCAUAUUUUGGUAGGAUUUUCGUGGUAAACAAAAAUUUCUCUGCGCAUCCUGCAUUUUUAUUUUAUUUUUGCCCAUAAUGCCAUGAAUUCUCUGACCACAGUGCAGUGUUGAUAUUAUUGCUGAUAGGGCAGAACACAGCGAGAAUCUUUACAUAAGUGAUCAAAAAUUGGGGGCAUUCUGCCCCUCCAGCUGCUGGGGGUGUCUCUGCUGACACAGUUCUGCAUGGUGAAAAUGAGAUGCUUUCCCUUUCCUUGCAGGGAGAAAUGUGCUUAGCUCAGUUAGAACCAGCUGGGAGAAACGAGAUGCUUUUUUUAUUAAUGAGAGUCAUGGUUAUUGAGUGCAGCCGCCCCCUCCAUCCGAUCCUGCUGCUGUGGAGUCCCAGGGCAGCAUCCCCGGCCCUGCAGCAGCUCCUUCCCUGCUCAGAGCUCUCCCAGCCUCGCUCACAGAAUUCCCAGGGACGGCAGCUCCAAUAAGCGCAGGCUGCCGAAAUGAUUCCCAGGCUGCCGAGCCCCUCACCCAUCCCUCUCCCUUUCCCCUCCCCUUCCAGCAGCACUCCCUCCCCCACCCCUGAGCCAGGCAUCUCGGAGAAAGGCUGUGCCUGCACAGCCCGUGUGACAGCAGGAGGGAGAGGGAGCCGUGCCUGGGGCUGGGAGAGCUGCCUGGGAAGAGCCCGCAUCCCUCGGGAAGCGCAGGGACCCGCGGUGGCAGCAGCUCCUUCCCCCAGCGGCUGCUCGGAUGCUCGGCAGCACAAGGAGGGCAGGAUGGGAUGAGAAACAGCCCCAGCAAGCCGGGAGCCUUGUGAUGACAACAAGCAGCUGUGCAGCUGACCAAAAUGCAGCAGCAGGAGACAAAUAACCCGCGAGGAAAACCAGCAGGAGCCGAAGGCAGGCUGCAGAAUUCCCUGACUCCAGAAUCGAACCCGCUGGUGGGGGCUGCGGCUUUGCCUCUCAGCCGGCGAAGACCCUGAGUUGGUUAUUCCGUGUGCGUGUUGUUUCUGCUGGGAACCCGCUCAGCAGUCUGGCUCGCAGAGCUUCCUCCAGGAGUUUGACAGGAGCUGGCGACCUCUGCACUGAGCCCUGGGCACGUGAAGGGAACGAGGCAUGACCGGAGCCGGGAUCCUGCGGAUUCUGUGAGGCGAGAGGUUAAAGUGGGAUCAUGGGAGGGAAGCAGGUCAAAUGCCUGACAUCACCCAGCCCUGUCCACAGUGCAAAGAGUGACUCCACUGUAGCUCCCUCGGAGGAGAAGGAGAGGCUUGUGAUCCUCCAAAGUGAAGAAACAGAGACUAAAACAGAAGAGGCUGAUUCUCACUUCCAGCCCGAGUGGCAGGCAGGGAACUCUGGCUCCUACUUGGAGAACUCAUGGGAGGAGCAGCUUUUGGAACAGCAGGACCACCUGGAAAAGGAAAUGGAGGAGGCGAAAAAGAUGAUUUCGGGUUUGCAGGCUUUGUUGCUCAAUGGGUCUUUACCUGAGGAUGAGCAGGAAGGGUCCUUUGAACUUUCUGAGCGCGGAGCCUGCCCUGAGGAGCAGCUGAUCAUCAUCCGAAGCCGUCUGGACCAAAGUGUGGAAGAAAAUCAAGAUCUGAAGAAGGAGCUGCUGAAAUACAAACAAGAAGCUCGAAACCUCCAGGGAAUAAAGGAUGCUCUGCAGCAGAGGCUGAUCCAGCAGGACGCUUCAGUCCUGCAGCUCAAGCAGGAGCUGCUGAGAGCCAACAUGGACAAGGAGGAGCUGCGCAACCAGAACGUUGACCUCCAGAGGAAGGUUGAAGAGAGAAACCGGCUGCUGGCAGAAUACAAAAAGGAGCUGUGCCAGAAGGAUCGGCACUUGCAGCAGCACCAGACCAAGCUGGAUGAAAUGCUCAGGCAGCUUUCUGAGGCCAGCUACCAGCAGGUGGAUCUGGAGCGGGAGCUGGAGCACAAGGAGGCCCUGCUGGCUCACUGCAUGAAGAGAGAAGCUGAGGAGGUGAUGGCUUACAGCAGUCACAGUGCCCAGAGCAAUGGCUUUCUCCAGCCAGCAGGAAAAGGAGCUGCCCCCACAGCCCACCGAGGGACCAACGACUUGCAGCUGGUCCGGGACGCCCUCCGCAGCCUCAGGAACAGCUUCAGUGGCCACGACCCCCAGCACCACACCAUCGACAGCCUGGAGCAGGGCAUCUCCAGCCUCAUGGAGCGCCUGCACCGCAUGGAGACGCAGAAGAGGCAGGAGAGGAGGGUCCGGGGGAAGUCACCAGCAAGCAGAGCAACCAACGAGUGCAGAGACUCCUGGCCUCCCAAAUCCAAGCUGCCUCACUCUCAGAGCACGCCCGUGAUGAGCACCAGUGCCUGCACCAAAGUGUUGUACUUCACCGACCGCUCCCUCACGCCCUUCAUGGUCAGCAUACCAAAGAGGUUAGGGGAAGUGACUCUGAAGGACUUCAAGGCAGCCAUUGACCGGGAAGGAUCCCACCGGUAUCACUUCAAAGCCCUGGAUCCAGAGUUUGGCACAGUGAAGGAGGAGGUAUUCCAUGAUGAUGACAUCAUUCCUGGCUGGGAGGGGAAAAUCGUGGCCUGGGUGGAAGAAGACCACGGGGAGAAUUAAUGGAGCUUUCAAGUCCUGUUUCUAUGGAAACCUGUGACUGUCUGCAGAGCUCGGAGAGUGACCAAGGAGCCCUCGUGCUGGGAGGAGGCCAAUUCAAGCUGCCAAAAAAGAGCCUCUGUGCAAACCACGGGUGGUGCAGGCUGCGUGCAUGGACAGCUGGCACCUGACUGCCCGUGCCUGAGGGCAGCUGCUGUCCUGAGGCUGCGGGGACGGGUCUGUGGGACAGAAACGCCCAGCUUGGCCUUGUCAGCGAAACCCUGGAGGCCUUAGGGAUGCUUUGCUCCCUUCUCCUGCUCCUCCAUCUCUGCACUGUGUGCUGCGGGCUCAGCUCGGCGUCUCCUGUGCUGGUGUCACAGAAAUCUGCACUGAUGGCGAAAAUGUGAAGCUUUGCCUUCAUGGAGAAGAAGCUGCUGGAUUGUGAGAGCAGAAGGUUGGACCAGCUUUGUCCUGCAGGAGCAGAGUGACUCUGUGGACAUUCCAGACUGACAGGACCUGUCCUGGGGAGGGUUUAUGCAUGGUCUGAAGCAAAGCUCACCAACCUGGCCAAGCUCCCUUUCUCCCAAACUCAGGCUCCCAUUUCCCAGCCCUGCUUUCCCCACUUGCUCUCCAAAGCUGUUCCCAUUUCCGAGGCCCUCUGGGUUUGCUCUGCAGCCAUGGGGACUGUGGGAUCCUGGUGCUUGUUUGUUUGCUGAAGGAUUUCACGGGUGGGGGAGCUGGAAUCAGCUGCUUCCUGAGGUCUCUACACCCCCUGUCUGUGCUGAGCCUCUGUCCUCCUGCUGUCACCUCCUGUGCACAGGCAUCCCUCUGCUGCUGUCCCUGCACUGGCAGAGCCACCAAGCACUUACCCACACCAGUUCCUUGCUCUGCCGAGUCCUGAAGGAUCAGGAAGGAACUGCUGGGGAAAGAACGAGCCCUAAAAUCCCCAAGGGUGGAUUUUUCCCUUCGGUUUUGUGGUUUUGUUUCUCUGCAUCGCCUGCGGGCUCGGGAGGUCAAACGGCACAUCAGGGCUCUGCUCCUUCCCAGCUCCUGCGGCCCUUCCAUGGACUGUCUGUGUGUGCUGUGCAUGAGGCUGGCAGAGGGGCAACCUGGUUUUACUGUUUUAUAUUAACACGUCCUUUUGUAAACAUGUUCCUGGAAUUAUUUUGUACCGAUUCACAUCUGUCUGAGGACUGUGGAUAUUUUUAUACUAGUGCAAGUGCUCUCUGUAUAUUUCUGCACGCAUUAUACUGUGUUUUACUCCUUUCCUGGUGGAUGCUGAGAUGGUUUGUAUCGUCUUCUGUUGACACAACAUUGGCCUUGUAAUUUUAUUUUACUAUGGAAAUCCAACUGGUUAAUACUGGGUUUUAUAUCAAGGCUCUUGUGUGGUUUUGUGCCACAUUGGCACAACACAAGCUGCCUCCUGUUCUGGACAAUUUGUGUGACUUUCUGCUUACAGACAGCAGGAGGAAAGUUCAUCAGUGAACAAGUUAAUUAAUGGGGAAAAUACAUCCCUUUUGGAAAAGAAACAAAGAUUUUCUUCCUCCCUGGACAUAGUUUCUCUGUUGCAUGAUCUCUGGUGAAGAGGGCAUGGGUUUGUGAUACUGAGAUCAAUUGUAUUUGAAUUGCAAACUGC